CGAAGUCAUAGCAAAUCAAGGUGCAGAGAAUGUGGAACGAGUGCUGGUUACAAACGGUUAUCCAAGGAGCAGUUGAAUAUCCAGAUCCAAUUGCACAGAAAACAUGUUUCAUCAUCCUCUCCAAGUUGGUAGAACUCUGGGGAGGUAAAGAUGGACCAGUGGGAUUUGCUGAUUUUGUUUAUAAGCACAUUGUCCCCGCAUGUUUCCUAGCACCUUUAAAACAAACCUUUGACCUGGCAGAUGCACAGACAGUGUUGGCUUUGUCUGAGUGUGCGGUAACAUUGAAAACAAUUCAUCUCAAACAGGGCCCAGAAUGUGUUCAGUAUCUUCAACAAGAAUACCUGCCUUCCUUGCAGGUAGCUCCAGAAAUAAUUCAGGUAAGAGCUGUCAGAGCAGAUACUCCUCUUAAUUUAAUUAAAGAAAUAUGACUAUGUAGUUCGAUCUAAAUUUUGAUUCAAGAAAGUUAAACUGCAAAAAAAAAAAAAGAAAAAGAAAAAAACCGCAUUCAACUUGAUGUU